AUGAAGCUCGCAGGGAUUCGCGUUAGCCAAGGGCUACUACUGGCCUUGGUGCAGGGGGCUGCGACACAGUGCGCGCUUCCGUCCAGCUACAGCUGGUCCUCCACCGAUGCCCUCGCAACGCCGCAGGACGGAUGGGCUGCCCUAAAGGACUUCACUUCUGUCGUGUCCGACGGCCAGCAUAUCGUGUAUGGAUCGUACGCCGAUUCAUCUUCCAACUAUGGCUCGAUGGUCUUUAGCCCGUUUACCGACUGGCCUGAGAUGGCAUCGGCAACUCAGAAUGCCAUGAGCGAGGCAGCUGUUGCGCCUACAAUCUUCUACUUCUCGCCAACGGAUGUUUGGAUCCUCGCCUACCAAUGGGGUCCCACUGCCUUCUCUUACAAGACAUCCAGCGAUCCUACCGACGCGAAUGGGUGGUCCUCGGCGAGCCCUCUCUUCUCUGGAACCAUCUCCGACUCGGAUACAGGUCCCAUCGACCAGACCCUCAUCGGCGAUGAUGCCAACAUGUACCUUUUCUUCGCGGGCGACAAUGGCAAGAUCUACCGCGCCAGUAUGCCCAUUGGCAACUUCCCCGGCGAUUUCGGUACUGAAGCCGAGACAAUCCUGAGCGACACCGCCGACAACCUCUUUGAAGCGGUCCAGGUCUACACCGUCAGCGGCCAGAACCAGUACCUGAUGAUCGUGGAGGCCGUUGGCGCCAACGGUCGCUAUUUCCGCUCCUUCACAGCCGACAGCUUGGAUGGUGAAUGGACUCCGCAGGCAGCGAGCGAGGACCAGCCCUUCGCUGGCAAGGCCAACAGUGGCGCCACCUGGACCAACGAUAUCAGCCACGGCGAUUUGGUUCGCAGCGACCCUGACCAGACCUUUACUGUGGACCCGUGCAAUCUGCAGUUGCUGUACCAGGGCCGCGAUCCUACCGCCAGUGGUGACUACAACCUGCUGCCAUGGGUGCCCGGUGUCCUGACCCUGCAGUAG